AUGUUGACGGCAAUCUUGGUGGUUCCGUCAUCGGCCGAAUUGUCGAUUGAGAAAUUAAUUGAGGCUUUUGGUAAUCAGAAUUCCUACAAGGAUUAUGGCCAAGGUUUCUGGGAUGCAGUCAAAACACUUGGCAGCACCACGGCAACUGCAAACGGUGGAAAAAUUGAAGAACCAUUCCCAGAUUUGCGUGAACUCUUAGUUGGAAUUCCUGAUCUAAUCCAGUAUGGACAGAAUUUAGACGACAAACUUAUUAAUGGACUGGCCAACAACUAUUUGCAACUACCAAGUGUGCUUCGUUCAUUCAUGGAGAGUUCAGACAACUCUGUCUUUAUCCACCAAAUCAACUACAUCAAAAGCGUAAAAGAAAACACCGGAAAACAUAAUCGUAACCUUCUAAUUCCUGAAGUGCUCGACUUCCAUCCAGAAUUUCCAAUUGACAGUUUGCUGACCAUCGAACGUGAACUGAAAAAAGUCCUCCUACACAUACGCGAUAAAGAACCAAAUCUUAUUCAAAAACUAUUGAUAUUCCAUAGUCUUAGUAAAAGACUAGAACAUUUCCAAAACAUUGACGAGAUUAACCUACAGAAUAAUGUCAAUCAUCUACAAAAUAAUGUUAAAGAUAAACAAUUUAGUUUUUAG